CGGCGCAGGCGGGGAAGCGCCGCGGCACCGGCGCCGCCGCUUCCCACCCCUUUCCUGCCUCUUCCCCCGCCGCCGCCGGCCGCGCUCGGGCCUGGAUCUCCGCGCUCGGCCGCCGCGGGGGAGCCUGCAUCGGCUGGGAUCGACCGCUGGAAUCUCUGGAUAGGUGGGAUGAGUCCAGGCCUCCCUGCCAUCCCAGCGUGCUGAACAACAAGUAGUUACCACUGCUUCAACCUGGCACUGAUUGGAGUGUAAACGAAUCACAUUGCAUCAUGGCAGCAGACUCUAUGGAAAUUGAUGAUGCUUUGUACAGUCGUCAGAGGUAUGUUCUUGGAGACACAGCAAUGCAGAAGAUGGCUCAGUCCCAUGUAUUCCUGAGUGGUAUAGGUGGUCUUGGUGUGGAGAUUGCCAAAAAUAUCAUUCUGGCUGGGGUAAAGGCUCUUACAGUUCAUGACACUAAGCACUGCACUAAAUGGGAUUUGGGGAUCAACUUCUUCAUCCACGAAGAUGAUGUUACCAAUCAAAGGAACAGGGCUGAGGCCACACUUCAUCAUAUUGCAGAACUCAAUCCAUAUGUCCAUGUAGCGGCAUCAACUGUGCCACUAGAUGAAACCACAGAUCUGUCUUUUCUGAAGCAGUACCAGUGUGUCAUAUUGACUGAAGUAAGUCUGUUGCUGCAGAAGAAGAUUAAUGACUUCUGUCAUGCUCAGCAGCCACCUAUCAAGUUUAUCAGUGCAGAUGUAUAUGGAGUAUGUUCACGUUUGUUUUGUGACUUUGGUGAUGAAUUUGAAGUGCUGGAUACAACGGGAGAAGAGCCAAAGGAGAUCUUCAUUUCAAAUAUAACACAGUCAAAUCCUGGUAUUGUCACUUGCCUUGAAAAUCAUCCACACAGGCUUGAAACAGGACAGUUCUUAACCUUUCGGGAAGUUAAUGGAAUGUCAUGCUUAAAUGGAUCUACACACCAAAUAACAGUGGUGUCACCUUAUUCCUUCAGCAUUGGUGAUACAUCAGAAAUGGAGCCUUACUUACACGGAGGCAUAGCUGUGCAAGUGAAGACUCCCAAGAUGUUUUACUUUGAACGGUUGGAGAAGCAGAUAACAAAUCCAUUAUGCCUUGUUGCAGAUUUUAGCAAGCCUGAGACUCCUUUGCAGAUCCAUGUUGCCAUGCUUGCCUUGAACCACUUCCAGGAGAACUUUGGUCGCAGACCGAACAUUGGAUGCCUUCAGGAUGCUGAGGAAAUGCUGAAAAUAGCCAUGUCUAUAAGUGAAACACUGGAAAAUAAACCUCAGGUAAAUGGUGAUGUGGUAAAAUGGCUGUCUCGGACUGCUCAGGGAUUUCUACCUCCUCUGGCUGCAGCAGUGGGUGGUGUUGCUAGCCAGGAAGUCUUGAAAGCAGUAACGGGAAAAUUUUCUCCAUUGCAGCAGUGGCUAUAUAUAGAUGUGUUAGACAUUGUAACGCCUCUAGAGAAGGUGGGCUCUGAAGAAUUUCUCCCACGGGGAGAUAGGUAUGAUGCCUUGAGGGCCUGUAUUGGAGACUCUCUGUGCCAGAAGCUCCAUGAUUUGAAUGUUUUCUUGGUUGGCUGUGGAGCGAUAGGCUGUGAAAUGCUAAAAAACUUUGCACUUCUUGGUGUUGGUACUGGGCAAGACAAAGGAUUGGUUACAAUUACAGAUCCAGACUUGAUAGAGAAAUCCAAUCUGAACAGGCAGUUUCUUUUUCGACCUCAUCACAUACAGAAACCUAAGAGCUAUACUGCAGCAGAAGCAACUCUGAACAUCAAUCCUUCCAUAAAGAUUGACUCAGAUAUUAAUAAAGUUUGUCCAGCCACUGAGAAUACUUACAGUGAUGAAUUCUAUACCAAGCAAGAUGUGAUUGUAACCGCUUUGGACAAUGUUGAAGCAAGGAGAUACAUUGAUAGUCGUUGUGUAGCAAACCUGCGUCCUCUUAUAGACUCUGGAACUAUGGGAACAAAAGGACACACAGAAGUUAUUGUGCCCCAUCUGACAGAGUCCUAUAAUAGUCACCGGGAUCCACCGGAAGAAGAAAUACCUUUUUGCACCUUGAAGUCUUUCCCAGCUGCCAUUGAGCAUACAAUACAGUGGGCAAGAGAUAAGUUUGAAAGUUCGUUUUCUCACAAGCCUUCUUUGUUUAACAAAUUCUGGCAAACCUAUGCAUCAGCAGAAGAAGUUUUACAGAGAAUAAAAUCAGGAGAGAGCUUAGAAGGCUGUUUUCAUGUUAUUAAAACGCUCAGUAGAAGACCCCGAAGUUGGACUCAAUGUGUAGAACUAGCAAGAGUAAAAUUUGAGAAGUAUUUUAGCCAUAAGGCUCUUCAGCUCCUUCAUUCCUUUCCCCUUGAUACACGAUUAAAAGAUGGAAGUUUGUUUUGGCAAUCACCAAAGAGGCCACCUUUCCCAGUGAAGUUUGAAUUUAAUGAUCCUUUGCACUAUGGUUUCAUUGUGAGUGCAGCAAAACUCUUCGCAACAGUGUACUGUGUUCCUUUCACUGAAAAGGAUUUGUCAGAGGAAACUAUCUUGAGUAUUAUUUCAGCUGUGAAAGUACCAGAGUUUAGACCUUCAAACAAAGUUGUACAGACUGAUGAAACCGCAAGAAAACCAGAUCAUGUUCCAGUCAGCAGUGAGGAUGAAAGAAAUGCUAUUUUCCAGCUGGAGAAGUCUAUACUAUCCAAUGAAGCUCUGGAAGCUGACUUGCAAAUGAAGCCCAUAUCCUUUGAAAAAGAUGAUGAUAGUAAUGGACAUGUAGAUUUCAUAACAGCCGCAUCAAACUUGCGAGCCAAGAUGUACAACAUUGAAGCAGCAGAUCGGUUCAAAACAAAGCGCAUUGCAGGAAAGAUUAUUCCUGCCAUUGCAACAGCUACUGCUGCAGUAUCAGGGCUGGUUGCACUGGAACUCAUCAAAGUUGUGGGUGGCUACCCAGCUGAUGCAUACAAGAACUGUUUUCUGAACCUAGCCAUUCCCAUAAUGGUCUUUACAGAAACUGCUGAAGUAAGAAGAACGGAAAUCAGAAAUGGGAUUUCAUUUACCAUCUGGGACAGGUGGACAAUUCAUGGGAAAGAGGAUUUUACUCUGUUGGACUUCAUAAAUGCUGUCAGAGAGAAAUAUGGAAUUGAACCAACUAUGGUUGUACAAGGAGUCAAAAUGCUGUAUGUUCCUGUGAUGCCAGGCCAUAUUAAAAGAUUAAAGUUCACGAUGCAAAAACUUGUGAAACCAUCAACUGAUAAGAAGUAUGUGGAUUUGACAGUAUCAUUUGCUCCAGAGACUGAUGGAGAAGAAGACUUGCCAGGGCCCCCAGUGAGAUACUACUUUGGUCAGGAAGACAAUUGAUGGUAGAGACACAGAAGUCACUCAUGGACCAUUUGUUCUCAAAGGAGUGUGCUAAUUUUCAGCUAUUAAAGAUGGUACUAUGUAUUUCUUUUUGGUGAAGCCUUAAUUAAAUGGUGAAAAUCAGUGGCUUUGCACUGAAGACAAACUGGA